UCUUUCACCACGACAAUGAGAGGAACUAAAGGGCGGGUUGGACCGAGGAUAAGAGCCGGGGAACUGACUGAGAGGCGGCCGUUUUUCUUUCACACACCCGCAGUUGGUCAUUGAUUUACAUCCCGAGGCCCUGGCUGUCCACCGGCGUCCUGAAACGCUGUCUCGUCCGGUUCUGGUUCUCUCUAACGGGCUGUUCAUUUAUCGGAGCCGCGGUUUCGGCUUCUGUCCUGAAAAUGCCAUAUUAGCUAGCUAGCUGUAGUUUUCUUCUGAAUCAGCUCCCGGUGGUCUCACACCGGUUCCUCUUGUAUGUUUCACCCCAGCGGUGGUGUUUUUGUCUUCGUCGCUUCAGGAUGAUGCAGCUGAAUGCAAACCGACGACCAGCAGGAUUUGUUUAUUAAAUAUCCAGUCGGGUUCUACAGAAAUGAUCCGGUAGAGUCGGUGAGGGGAUUGGGGAGGGGGGGGUGGGGGGACUGGAAAGCUAAUUUAGAGGUUAUUUUAGUUGGACAUAUGAGGUGUAGGUGGAUUUUACCGGUUUGUUUUUAACGCAUCACUUUAAUCUGGAUCACAUUUGGGGUGACCUGCGCUGCCUUCACGGACUGUAAGAAUGAGGAGUGUAUAGAACUGAAUCUGUUCUACGUCUCUUCACCAAGCUUAUCGGGAUUUUUUUGUCUGUUUUAACUAAGUGUGGACAAAAAAAAACUCUUGGCCCAUUAUUUUAUUUAUCUCCUGGAGGAUUCACUCAGGGAAAGAGCAAUGUCUUUACGCACGGCGCUGCCUGGGAACGAGCGGAACCAGGACCAUCAUGCCUCCCUGUUGGCCAGCCGCUCGGAUAAAGGUACGGGCUGGUCGAGCCGCUCACUUGGUGCCCGCUGUCGGAACUCCAUCGCCCUGUGUUCAGAUGAGCUGCCCCACAUCGGAAACUACCGACUGCUCAAAACCAUCGGCAAGGGCAACUUUGCCAAAGUCAAGCUGGCCCGGCACUUACUGACGGGCAGAGAGGUUGCGAUAAAAAUCAUCGAUAAAACCCAACUUAACCCAACUAGCCUUCAGAAGCUGUUUCGAGAGGUACGCAUCAUGAAAACUCUGAACCAUCCCAACAUAGUCCAGUUGUUUGAGGUGAUUGAGACGGAGAAGACUCUUUACCUGGUUAUGGAGUACGCUAGCGGAGGCGAAGUGUUUGACUACCUCGUGGCUCAUGGCAGAAUGAAAGAAAAAGAAGCCAGAGCCAAAUUCAGACAGAUUGUUUCUGCAGUGCACUACUGUCACCAGAAGAAGAUUGUUCACAGAGACUUGAAGGCGGAGAACCUGCUGCUCGACGCCGACUCAAACAUCAAAAUAGCAGACUUCGGCUUCAGUAAUGAGUUCACUGAAGGCAGUAAACUGGACACCUUCUGCGGGUCCCCGCCCUAUGCAGCUCCAGAGCUUUUCCAGGGGAAGAAGUACGAUGGUCCAGAGGUGGACAUCUGGAGUCUGGGCGUCAUCCUGUACACGCUGGUCAGCGGGUCGCUGCCGUUUGACGGGCAGAACCUAAAGGAGCUUCGGGAGCGGGUUUUAAGAGGGAAGUACCGGGUUCCCUUCUACAUGUCCACAGACUGUGAGGGAAUCCUGCGUCGCUUCCUGGUCCUGAACCCUGCAAAGCGCUGCUCCCUGGAGCAAAUAAUGAAAGAUAAAUGGAUUAAUGUCGGUCAUGAAGGCGCCGAGCUGAAGCCCCAUGUUGAGCCUGAGGAGGACUUCAGUGACAGCAGCCGCAUCGAUGUGAUCGUUGGGAUGGGAUUUGACAGAGAGGAGGUCAGAGAGUCGCUGGUUAAGCAUAAAUACAACGAGAUCACUGCCAUGUACCUGCUGCUCGGACGCAAGACUGAGGCGGAAGCUGCCGAGUCUCGGUCGGGCAGCACCCUGAGCCUAGCUCGCAUCCGCCCCAGCGGCAUCACAAAUGGAACAAGCAAACACUCCACGUCCUCCUCCUCCUCUGGUGCUCAGUCCUCCUCCUCCAGCCACAAGCCUCAGCGAAGCGCCUCGACGUAUCACCGCCAGAGACGACACUCUGACUUCUGUGGUCCAGCUGUUCCAGGGUCGGCACACCCCAAACGAAGUCCUAGCGGUGUAGGCGAAGCAGCGGCCCUUAAAGAAGAACGGCUGUCCGUACGCAAGCCAAGCAGCACCACUGUGGGCUCCCGUAGCAUCCCGACCCCGUCCAGUCCCAUGGUUAGCUCCGCCCACAACCCAAAUAAAGCCGAGAUACCCGACAGGCGCAAGGAGGUGACCUCAACAGUGAAUAACAUCCCUGCCAGUGCCAUGACUCGAAGGAACACGUAUGUGUGCACAGACCAAUCCAGCACCGACAGACAAUUGCUGCUGCAAAAUGGAAAAGAAAACAGUACCUUAUCCCACCGCCUGCCCCCGCCCUCGCCCUCUUCUCACAGCAUUGCCGGCGCCUCUGGGGUCUCGUCUGCCACCCUUUCGUCCCGUCUCUCCAGGGGAUCCACAGUAAGGAGCACUUUCCACGGAGGUCAGAUCAGAGACCGUCGUCCUCCAUCUCACGCCCCGCCGGCGUCCCCUACGCCAUCUCAUGAUGCCAGCCCUCUGCCCCACGUCAGGAGCCGGGCCCCUUCCAACCUGCUCAGCAAAAUCACCUCCAAGCUGACCCGCAAGGUCACUCUUGACCCUUCUAAACGUCCGAGUUCAAACAAGUCCGUGUCGGGCUGCACCCUCCCACAGGGGACAAAAACAGUUAGGUCACAGACCAACCUGAGAGAAUCAGCAGAUCUCCGGUCACAAGCCUCAGCCGCUCCAGCCCCGUCUCAGGUUAAAAGCAGCAGUCGCCAUCUAUCUGGGCAUCAGAAAGCGGCCGAGCCCCGGACCCCCCGAUGCGGAUGGGAUGUGAGGGUUCGGAGCCCCCGCGACCCGGCCGAGGUGGUGCUGGCACUGCGAGAGGCAGCGCAGGGCUGCGGCUGCCAGGUCCACCUGGCCGGGCCUUUCCUCCUGUCCUGCACCCAUGGAGCAGCCGGUGCUCGCGUGGCCUUCGAGGCCGAGGUCUGCCAGCUGCCCAGCGGGCAGGGCCAGAGCGGUGUGAAGUUUAGGCGCCUGUGGGGGGCGCCUGUAGCCUUUAGAGACAUCGCUGCCAACGUGUCCAAGGAGCUGGAGCUCAGAGGUGAGGCAGGUAGGUGACAGACAUUAGAAAGAAGGAGGAAGAACAGAAAUAAAUUCCUUCCUUUCUUCCUCUGUGGGCUCCACAUCAUCUCGCAAUGCCUCACUUCCACCAAAAGACCCUCAGCUUUCAGUCAACCCCACUCACAGCCGGAUGGAUGCAAAGAUGCAACAGACUAAAGCUGACCCUUCGACCCGCGACCCCUGCUGAGCACACGCCUGCACCUACAUAGCUUGAGGCAUUAGAGUUGGACUUUCUUUGUUUCCACAAGUUCAGAUUUAACUUCAGGUUGUUGUUGCUGAGAAGGAUGGAGAAUGGUAGCUUGUAGUUGUUUCUGUUGUUUGUCAUCAUUCCUUUUUAAAGAGCUGCUAUUUAAAUGUUUUUUUUAUUUUUCUGUGUAAUAAGUUCAUUUUCUUUGCUUAGUGCUUUUAAAAUAGGAAGAUAUUGAGGACUGUCGAUAUCGGAGGCCAAAGGCAGAGAGGAAACCUCCGGCCUCUAGAGGGAGACAUGCAGAAAUGCGGGGACUGCCCACAGACUAAAUGAAUCCCAUCUUCUUAUGUUUCCUCUCAGUCUGGAUUUUUGUUGUUCUUCAGCCUUCCUGCUGAUACGUUUGCUCCAUGCUCUCCAUAAUGUUGAUGCAGCCAUGUUAAAAAGAAAGUACACCCUCUUUCAGUUCUAAGGUUUUAAAUGUUAGAACAAAAUAACAAGGUUCCGGUCUUUCCACACUCUCUUUAUUAAACAAAUAUGAAGCCAAGAUGGAAAAGCAGGGUUGUGGAAAAACUAAGUACACCCAAGGAUUCAGUGGUAACUUUGACUCUGAGUCGUUGCUUUCUGUGUUUCACGUCGUUGUGGAGAAGAUUUGGCCCUCUCUUCUUCACAGUCCUGCUUCAUUUCUUACAUCCUUCGGCUGUGGAACAGAUGACCUCACAUUCAUGGUCGACUAAAUGACUAAAUGCCCAAGUUAUGUGGCUUCAAAACAAGCCCACCUCAUCACCCCUCCACUACCGUGCCUGGCAGUUUGUAUGAGGCAUUAUGGCUUUGCUUGGAUUUCUCCAAAUGUGGUGUUGUGCACUGCGACGAAACAUCUCUGCUUUGGUCUAAUUCGUCACUUUGUCCCAGAAGUCCCGAGCGUCAUUCAAAUCCAGCCGUGCAAACCUUAGUUUUGACUUGUAUUUUUUGGAUAGAAGGAGAGCUGGACAGGGCCGGCAGGACCCAUCAGCAGGACCGGUACCUGCUCCUUUGUGCAAGGAGGAACAGGAUGAGUCCUGCCAGAGCCCUACAAGGUGACCUGCAGCGGGCCACUGGCCUCAAUGUCUCUGACGAGACCAUUGGAAACAUGAGGAUGGCCCGAGGGCCGGACAUCCUCUAGUAGGUCCUGUGCUCAUUGCCCGGCCCAUUUGACCUCGACAGGCAUUUGCCAGAAAACAGAGAAUUUGCAGGUUCAGCACAAGCACCCUGUUCCUUUCACAGAUGAGAGCAGGUUCACUCUGAGCUCCUGUGACAGACGUGAAAGGGUCUGGAGAAACUGUGGUUAACGUCAUGCUGCCUGCAACAUUGUUCAGCGUGAUUGGUUUGGUGCUGAGUCAGUGUUGUUCUGGGGAGGCAUCUCCUUAAAGAGAUGCCAGGACCUGUACAGGUUAAAUGAUCUGCAUCCUAACUGCAAUUAUGUUUCAGGAUGAAAUCCUUAGAACCAUCAUUAGAACCUUCGCUGGUGCAGUGGGUACUGGGUUCCUCCUGGUACACGAUAAUGCCCGGCCUUAUGGGGCAAGAGUAUGCAGGCAGUUCCUGGAAGAUCAAGGAAUUGAUGUAAUUGACUGGCCCCCAAACUCCCCUGACCUCAAUCCAAUAGAACAUCUCUGGGACAUCAUGUGUAGGUCCAUCUGAUGCCACCAGGUUGCACCUCAGACUGUCCAGAAGCUCAGUGAUGUCCUAGUCAGGAUCUGGUAAGAACUCAGGACACCAUCCAUCAUCUCAUAAGGAGCAUGCCCCACACAGACUACUGAGGACCAUUCUGAGUUGCUGCAAUGACAUUUCAGCAGAUUGGACUAGACUGCCGCAUCAGUUUUUAGGUUUAAAUUUCCGACUUCGGAUUGAGCCCUCGGUGGGUCGCAUCCUUUUGUUCCUAACACAUUCUCCGCUCCAGUAUGGAUAUCCAUACUGAUGAUUUCCCCAUUACGAUCUGAUGUUUUUCAAAGUGUUCUUUAAUUUUUUGGAGCCGUGUAUUUUUAAAAUCUGGUAAAGAUCGGGUCAUUUUAUACUGAUACUUAAAACUCUAGAAUUUAAACAGGGUGUACUUUCGUUUUACUGUAACUGCAUCUGGCAGGUGAGCAGGCAAAGCUGCCAAAUAAUAAAAAGAGGUCCGAUCUGGUUUACUUCACUUGAUAAGAUGAUCAAAUGAGCUUCCAAACACUAAGCUUCAGUCAGUGAUGAAACGGGUCUUUAGGUUGUUUUGAUUAUGAAUUACUUGUGUGACACCGAUGUAAUUUACCAGUGAAACAAUAAACAGGAUUAGUUUUAUUUUGUGUUACAUUGUAAAACUAAAGCAAACAAUUUCCUUCAACAAUAAUUAGAACAAAUCCAACAGACAUAUUUAACUUCCAGCUGCAAGACUGGCAUUUAUUUUAAUAAUUCUCACUCUCCUUGACUUCUUUACCUGAGACUGGACUAGUUGGUGCUUCACUCAUCAGCACUUUGUUCGAUGUCCCAGUCUGUUUAAAGCCAUUGCUGAUUUUUUUGUAUAAAUGUAGUGCAAUACAGCCACAAAGCCAAGAGUCAGAACUUGAAUAAGCAUCGAUUGAGCCCUAACUGGACUUUUAAACUGGUUUCUUUAUGUUUUCAUACUUCUGGGAUGUGAGCACUUUUUCUUUCAGUUCAGUGUACUGCACCUCAGAUUCAAUGCCUUUAAUGCAACAACUACAACCCCUGGCAAAAACAUGGAAUCACUGCACCUUUAAGGAUGUUUUACAUAGCAGUGAAAAGGUCAGGCACCUGGGUAUAAUUAAGGCACAUGUUUCUCCAAUCCUGCAGCUCAGAGAGUUUUCUGACGCUUUCCUUGGUCUACCUGGAUAAUUUUACCAUCCUUUCUAUCGUCUUACCGGGCAGCUCACCUGUUGAACCACGCUUCCUGUCAGCCCUCUGCAACGGCAAGCUCUCCCUGUUUUAAAUGCAUAUUCAUUUGCAGAAUUAGACUUACCCAGGUAUUUGUUUUAGAAAUGCAAAUAGAGCCUGCCAAAAAAAAUAAAUAAUGUGCAUUAAUUAUAAGAAGCUCAUUUAUGGGUUUUUGGUCUCAUUUACAAACCAGAAUGGCAUAUAUAACCAGAACCUCUGCUUCUUUAUAUGUUCAAGUUGAAAUAGCAGACCAAACACCCUCCAUGAGCCGUGAUUCCAUCAUUUUGGCCAAGAGUUGUAAAUCGCCACAGAUUUUCGACAUACAAACUGUAGAUUUCCCCUCUUGCUGGCCAGACUCCAGCACUGUUAUUAAGACUGUUGUCCCAUUGGAUGAAAGUCACAGGUCUGUGACUGUUAACCAAUCAAAUUCCUGUUUCAAAAUGAACCAUCAGAAUUUGCGGCUGCACUUUGUUGCAACAGAUGUUUAAGCUAGAAGUCUUACCUUGGUUUUUUGCUUUCUGUAAAGCACUUUACUGCUCAUCUCCACAGAAAUCUACCAAGAUUUGGUAAAUGUAAUCAACUGCUAUAGAAUUUUCUUCCUCGAUCAUUCCUGCUAACAAUCCAAACUUUUUACUGGAUCAUCUUGAAACGCUGACCGGAAAGAUUUCAUGUUUCUGGAGUUUUACUGCAGGAGUUUUCUGUUUUCAGGGGUCUGCCAACGUCUGAAAAUGCGAAGCUGUGAUUUAGGGGCUAGUUAUGCAAUUUCCUUUUUGUUUGUUCACAGCUCUGCCUCACCGCCUGAAGGAUGUUCUCAGACUGUAGUUUGGGUCCAUGCUUCAGGGCACCAGAUCAUGUUAAUAAUUGAAAUCUAACGUACCGGCUGAGAUACCAGAAAAGAUCGACUUGCAGUCCUGCAUGUCUCCUAGGAUAUAAUGUGUGACAAAAAUAAAAACCUUCAACCUCUAA